AAUAUCGUUAAAAAAUAAAACGUCAUCCUUUUAUUACCUUCAAAAACUGUCCAUUAUCAAGCACCCACCACCACCAGUCUCCGGCACCACCGACGGCUCAGGCAACAGCAGUUGACUCUCUGUUCUCCUCUGCCCUCUUCUUCCGCUCUGCUGCUGCCAACCUUCACAAGCCGUUCACCUCCGCCUCCUAGCUUCUUCUUCACACGCUUAUAUCAAUGUUGCAUGCAGCAUCACCUCCCCCUGGCUUUUGUUUGAGCUUUCCCAGGAACCUUCAUCGUCCUCGUGAUUCGACGGAGCCUUCGGUUAGAGCGAGGUCUCCGGUUUGCUGUUCGGUACCAGAGACAAAGAAUGGAGCUACUAAACUGGAGUAUACUCCUUGGGUUGUUGUAGGCUUGGGUAACCCUGGAAGUAAAUACCAUGGAACUAGGCACAAUGUGGGAUUUGAAGUAAUCGAUAGCAUUUCUAAAGCAGAAGGGAUUCGGAUGAACACAAUACAGUCUAAGGCAUUGAUUGGAAUCGGUUCUAUAGGAGAUGUACCAAUUUUGCUAGCAAAGCCUCAAACAUACAUGAACUUUAGUGGUGAAUCUGCUGGGCCUCUUGCUACAUAUUAUCAAGUAUCCCUGCGUCAUAUUCUACUAGUUUAUGAUGAAAUGAGCCUUCCAAAUGGUGUUUUAAGGCUUCAACCUAAAGGCGGACAUGGUUACCACAAUGGGUUGAAAAAUGUAAUGGGCCAUUUGGAUGGUUCCCGUGAGUUUCCUCGGCUUUCCAUAGGAAUCGGAAAUCCUCCUGGAAAUAUGGAUGUGAAAGCUUUUCUUCUGCAGAAGUUCAGUUCAGUGGAGCGAAAACAGAUUGAUACUUCAUUGGAGCAAGGAGUUGAAGCAGUGAGGACCCUAGUGUUAAAUGGGUUUAAUAACCAUGUCUAUAGAUUCAACUUAGGGCAAAAAUACAAGUACCAUAAGGUUUAAUUUUUCAUAAAUUAUAGAAAUGAACAAAUAAUAGCUAUGUAGUAUUAUUCUCAACUGAACCACAAAAUUUGGGGAGAGAUGAAAUUCAUGAAGUGUAUGCUUGGUAGCAAUUUUAUACAAAUAACACAUGCUGAGAUGUAAAUUUGUAAAGCACACUGUUGUUUAUAUUCUGCCAUUCUUGCUCCAGCAGAUAGUUGAGCUUCAUGGUGAGAAAAAUUAGUUGCUGCUAGGACCAGUUCACAGAAUUUGUAGUUUGUAUGUAAAACAAUCAACAUAAAAAACACAAGCCAGAAGGAUUUUUUUUUC